GCUCGGUGGGAUGAGCUCGCGCUCCCGGUUUGGCCUUUAUAAAGCGUCCCUCAGCUAACAGAGCGAUUGUUUUCUGGCUUUUCAUCAGAAAAGAUUUUACAGAAGCCGGCGCCAUGCUGCCUCUGGUUGUGUUGAUGUUGAGCCUCAGCGCCGUCCUGCCGGCCCCCACUGUGGACUUCCAGCUGGACGAGCACUGGAACCUGUGGAAGAGCUGGCACAAUAAAAAAUACCACGAGAGAGAGGAGGGCUGGAGGCGGAUGGUGUGGGAGAAGAACCUGAAGAAGAUCGAGCUGCACAACCUGGAGCAGUCCAUGGGGAAACACUCCUACCGCCUGGGCAUGAACCACUUCGGAGACAUGACUCACGAGGAGUUCAGGCAGAUCGUGAACGGCUACAAACACAAAGCGGACAGGAAGGUGGCGGGGUCGCUGUUCCUGGAGCCCAGCUUCAUGGUGGCGCCGCGUUCGCUGGACUGGAGGGACAAGGGCUACGUCACCCCCGUAAAGGACCAGGGUCAGUGUGGCUCCUGCUGGGCCUUCAGCGCCACCGGCGCCCUGGAGGGCCAGGAGUUCAGGAAGACGGGUAAGCUGGUGUCGCUGAGCGAGCAGAACCUGGUGGACUGCUCCGGACCCGAGGGCAACGAGGGCUGCAACGGCGGCCUGAUGGACCAGGCCUUCCAGUACGUCAAGGACAACAAAGGCCUGGACUCGGAGGAGUCGUACCCCUACGUGGGAACGGACCAGAAGUGCCACUACGACCCCAAGUUCAGCGCCGCCAACGACACCGGCUUCGUGGACAUCCCCAGCGGCAGUGAGCACGCUCUGAUGAAGGCCGUGGCCGCCGUCGGACCCGUCUCCGUAGCGAUAGACGCCAGUCAGCAGUCCUUCCAGUUCUACCAGUCAGGGAUCUACUAUGACAAGGAGUGCAGCAGCGAGGAGCUGGACCACGGCGUUCUGGCGGUGGGAUACGGCUUCCAGGGAGAAGAUGUGGAUGGCAAGAAGUACUGGAUCGUCAAGAACAGCUGGAGUGCGAACUGGGGCGACAAAGGCUACAUCUACAUGGCCAAAGACAGGAAGAACCACUGCGGCAUCGCCACGGCAGCCAGCUACCCGCUGGUGUGACGGCCGCGCGCUGCAGCAUCAUGGUUGUCAUGGUUUUCAUUGCAGCAGUUUGGCUGAAGACGAGCGGCGAAGCUUCGGUCGGACGGGAGCAUCAGCAGGAGAUUCUGCUGCGUUUCAGGAGGAGGAAACUCUUUCUUUUAGGGAAAAGGAGCCGUUUUAUGGCCUGAUUCUACGCCACUUUAUUUUUAUUUUCUCUUAAAAAUUGUAAUUUUAUUCUCUGUAAAUAUGUGAACCCUACUCUGGAAGUAAUUCGUUAAUACUUGCCUUGGUCAUUGUAAAUGGAUUUUCUUUUUCUUUUCUUUUUUUUUGCUACUUUUACCGUGAUCAAUUAAAGAUGUGAAACACUAAAA